AUGAGCUGGAGUAAACCCGUGGUCAAGCAAGACAUGGCGGAUGGAGUUGUGGUCAAGAGAUGCCGGAGCUGGGAGCACCAGUCUUUAGACCGCGGAGCGUGCUUCACCCAGCUUUCUUUGGCCUUGUGCCCUGGCCGACCCCAGUUGCCGGCGGCGAAAAGGGCUCGGCUGAAUGAGCUCACGAACUACCGCAUCUCCACGUGCUACGAGCUCUCGCAGGGCCACGACCUGGACCUCUGCGCGGCGCGGAACAUGAGCUCCUUGCGCGCGCUGUGCCCGCAGACCUGCGGCUGCGAUGACCCGCUGGAUCCUGCAGCGGCGGCCUACGCCACCACGGUCUUCGGCUGCCCCAAGUUCUGCAUCGUCGAGAGGAGCAUGUCCACGGAGCUGAAGGUGAAGCCGUGCGAAGACCUACCUCCAGAGGACUUCGCUGGAAAUAUCUUCAUGAAGCGGUUCUUGAGCAGCAUGUUCGACUACAUCACCUCCAAGCAGGAGCUGCGUCGCACGGAGAUCCUGCAGUACACCCAGGAGCUGCGACGCACCUUCUGGAACCAAGUCCCGGGCCCUAACAAGACGGAGUCUCUGCUACUGGCAUCCGUCUACUUCAGCGAGGGCAAGUGGAUGGAGGACGUGGCGAACGGCGUGUGGAACCUUGGUCUGAACAUCCCACACCCCCGGGGCAUGCGGGGCUGCGACUUUCUGAACUCCUGGGAGUUCGAGAUGAUCACAGGCUCCAACUUCUGCCGCGUCCGCGGCGACUCUUCGCCCUUCAAGAGCCUUCGCAGCCAAUGCCCUGUGGCCUGCAACUGCCGCAAGGGCCAGGACGAUUGCCCGGGCACCUGCCCCGUAGGCUUCUGA